GUUACUAGAAAGCUGCAAUAAUUCAGUCUUUUUGAAAGUGCGAGAGUUGCUCGUGUCAUGCUAAUAAAGCACCCAUCAGCAAAAGAAGCAUCUGGCUAUGGAACGCCCCGAUCCGCCUGCGUUCCCACUCACCCACCUCUAUCUUUCAAGUUUCAACCGUCGUCCGCUUUGUGAUCUAGAGCAGGAGGGGUUGGUCACCUGCACACACCUAGCACUGGAACUAGAAGGCAUCCCUGCUGAUCUCUGAUUGACGAGUUGCCGAUUCAAAGACGCAUGUUUCGUCUGCUUCCUGGCCGGUGCAAGUUGGGAUCCUCGAUAUCUUGCGUGUGGAUCAAUCUGAUGGAAGCUGCUUCAAUUGCCGGAUAGCAAGUCAAGGCUCGAUCGGGAGCCAAAGGCGUUGCUUCCAACCCCGAAGCCGUCAUCUGUCACGUCGACGCUCGACCGAUUGACAGCAACAUGCGGCGAACACAAGGCCACAUACUUGACCGAACGAAACCUUUGGAAAAGCACACACCAACUCGGACAUUUCGUUGGAACCCAAGCGGACGGGGCGGACGUUUCCCGCCUCUAUUCGGCGAUCUCCGCGUCCCGCCGUGCUGCUGACCCAGCCGCUCGCUCGCGAGCCUUAAAGCUUACGUGACAGCAGCCUGCUUCUCUCGCUUCGAUCGCCUGCUCAUCUCAUCUGCAGAAAGACUUCAUCGAUUAGCAAUGGGCAAGUCAGGUUCUCCUUCCCUUGUGUUGUUGCUGGCUGCUGCCAUGGCGGCGGCGGUAGUGUUCGUUGCGUCCUCGUCGUCGCCGGUGGCGGCCUUCCCGGUGGCCGGAUUGCCGGAGGCGGAGCCCCCGUUCCCGAACCCGUGGCUGGCGUUCCAGAACCUCUCCGGCUGCCACAUGGGCGACGAGCGGGACGGGCUGGCGAGGCUCAAGGACUACCUGAGCCACUUCGGGUACCUCCCGGAGGCGCCGUCGUCGUCGCCGUUCAGCGACGCGUUCGACGCCGACCUGGAGGCGGCCAUCGCCACGUACCAGCGCAAUUUCGGCCUCAACGCGACGGGGUUCCUGGACCCGCCCACCGUGUCCCAGAUGGUCGCCCCGCGCUGCGGCGUGGCCGACGUCGUCAACGGCACGUCCACCAUGGACCGGCGGAACGCGUCGUCCGCGGGCGGCGCACACGGCCGGCACCUCUACACGUACUUCCCCGGCGGGCCCAUGUGGCCGCCGUUCCGCCGCGAGCUGCGGUACGCGAUCACCGCGACCGCGGCGACGUCCAUCGACCGGGCGACGCUGAGCGCGGUCUUCGCGCGCGCCUUCGCCCGGUGGUCCGACGCCACCACGCUGCGGUUCGCGGAGACGGCGUCGGAGGCCGACGCCGACAUCACCAUCGGGUUCUACGCGGGGUCGCACGGCGACGGCGAGGCGUUCGACGGGCCGCUGGGCACGCUGGCGCACGCCUUCUCGCCGACGGACGGGCGGUUCCACCUGGACGCCGCGGAGGCGUGGGUGGCGGACGGGCAGGGCGGCGCGUCCUCCUCCAGCCCGGGUGCGGUGGACCUGGAGUCGGUGGCGGUGCACGAGAUCGGGCACCUGCUGGGGCUUGGCCACUCGUCGGUGCAGGGCGCCAUCAUGUACCCGACCAUCAGGACGGGGACGAGGAAGGUGGACCUGGAGGCGGACGACGUGCAGGGGAUCCAGAGCAUGUACGGGACCAACCCCGACUUCAAGGGCGUCGCGCCGACGUCGCCGUCGACGAGCAGCCGGGAGAUGGACAGCAGCGCCGGCACCGGCUCCCGGCCGGGCGGCCGGUUCGUUGCGGUAGUUGUGGCGGUUGGCCUGCUGCUGCUGCUGCUGCUGUCACUGUAGAUCGACUACCCGGUCCUUUUGCCUGCCGCCGUGACGGUCACGCCACGUUCAUCCCUGCAGGCUCUGCCACGAUUGCUAGUUGCUAGUUCGAUUGGUCACUGAUAUUUUUGGAUAGAUUCUUCUGUACAUACUUACAAAUACACUACAGAAUAAUACAGUAGAUUACACGGAUCACAUGGUUUA